UCUCUCGCUUCGCGCCGAAUAUCCCGCGAAUGACGUUCAGAACGACUUCGCGGAGAUGUUCCUUCCUCGCAUACGUGCGUUCGGAUACAGUCGUUUCUCGGCACUUCCGCGAGAGAAGGAAUCCAGGUUUUCUGUGUCAAUCGUUAUGUACAGUGAAGUGAAAGACUUUCAUACACGUUUUUGCAUACGUAUUGCUGUAUAUAUAUGUUUAUUUUAUUAAAAGUGCAUCCUUUUUCUCUCUGUCCCCUUCACGGAUAUGCGUAGAAAUUUUAAUAAAUGUGCGUCAGUGUACGCGCGCGCUAGAAUGUGCACUUACGUCAAAGCAAAAAUCAAUUUCCACUUUCAGGUUUUUAAUCGAUUUUUUAAUGGAAGGGAUACGUAUGAUGAAGCCCCUAGGCCUUUAAUCAAAAUUGAAUUUAAAAAAGACUAAAACGAAAAGGGAGAAGAUAUGGCGAACACGGCUCAUCUCGUUCGCCGACAAAGUUCCCGCGACCUAAAGCCUCAGAAAAGCAUCGAUAAGCUUGAGAUGAAAGAGAUGCGUGGUAGAUUAGUGGUGGAUAAUCGUAAGAACGUCGCCACUGCCAAUUACGGGGCCACCAAUGCGGCCUUCGAAGACACCAGUCCUAACAAGAGCAAAAUAGGAAAUGGCCCCGGUAAUAACGACGGUAAGGCGACUUUUCGGCCGGAAGCGGGUGAAGAUGAGCGUGAAAAUUGGGAUAGCAAGCUCACAUUUCUCUUAGCAACCGUAGGAUACGCGGUGGGCCUUGGAAACGUAUGGCGGUUCCCUUAUCUGGCUCAGAAGAACGGUGGAGGCGCUUUUCUAAUCCCUUACUUCGUGAUGCUGGCCAUCGAGGGUAUUCCUAUAUUUUAUUUGGAAUUGGCAAUCGGCCAGAGACUGAGAAAAGGUGCUAUUGGAGUGUGGAAUCAGGUAUCCCCAUAUAUGGCCGGUAUAGGAGUUAGCAGCGCUGUAGUCUCAUUCAACGUGGCCCUUUACUAUAAUACAAUUAUCGCUUGGUGCCUAUUUUAUUUCGUUCAGAGUUUCCAAUCGCAACUACCUUGGGCGGAGUGUCCCAAUAGAUACUUUCAAAAUGGAUCUUACUCACCUGAACCCGAAUGUUUGGCCAGCAGCCCCACGCAGUACUUCUGGUAUCGAACUACCUUAAUGAUAUCCAAGGAUAUUAAUACGCCAGAAGUGUUUAAUUGGAAGAUCGCUCUGGCGCUGAUUAUCGCUUGGAUCCUCGUCUACAUGUGUAUGAUUAAGGGUAUUGCAUCUUCGGGCAAGGUCGUGUACGUGACCGCCACAUUUCCAUACAUCGUUCUGAUCAUUUUCUUUUUCCGAGGGGUAACACUGAAGGGUAUGUCGGAUGGUUUGCGACAUCUCUUCACGCCAAAGUGGUGGACGUUAACCGAUCCUGUAGUCUGGUUGGAGGCUGGAACGCAAAUCUUCUUUUCCUUAGGUCUAGCUUUCGGUGGUCUAAUAGCGUUCUCCUCCUACAAUCCGGUGAAUAAUAAUUGUUACCGCGACGCCAUCAUGGUCAGUCUGACGAAUUGCUUUACGUCUAUGUUCGCGGGAAUCGUCGUUUUCUCAAUUAUAGGGUUCAAGGCUACCAUGGUUUAUGAACAAUGCUUAUCGGAAAAGAAUAGCACGUUGAUAAACAUAUUCGGCCAUGUUGAUAAAAUACCCAAAGAUCUUCCGAUUGCUGGCACGAUAUUGAACAUUACAAAUGGCAACGGUUCGCUAGAGAAUUUGAUAAUGCCGGAACUUCCCGAAUGCGAUUUGGAAAAGGAGUUGGAUAACUCGGCGUCGGGUACAGGAUUGGCAUUUAUCAUCUUCACCGAAGCGAUUAAUCAAUUUCCUGGUGCUCAAUUCUGGUCGAUAUUGUUCUUCCUAAUGCUGUUCACGCUGGGAAUUGAUUCCCAAUUCGGUACUUUGGAGGGUGUCGUCACCAGCAUUGUCGAUAUGAAGCUCUUCCCAAAUUUGAGAAAGGAGAUUUUGACGGGUGUGAUUUGUUUGGUGUGCUGCAUGAUCUCUAUGGCCUUUGCUCACGGAGCUGGGAGUUACGUCUUCGUGCUGUUCGACAAUUUUAGCGGAAACUUUCCAUUGCUCAUAAUCGCGUUUUUCGAAUGUAUAGGAGUAUCCUACGUUUACGGUUUGAAGAGAUUCGCUGACGAUAUCGAACUGAUGACUGGCAAUCGACCUGGUCUUUACUGGUUGAUAUGUUGGAAAUAUCUCAGUCCGUUGGCGAUGUUGAGUAUUCUGGUCGCAUCUUUUGUCGAGAUAGUUUUCGAAGGAAGCGGUUAUCCGGCCUGGGUGGCGAGUAAGGGCAUUACGGAAAGACAUGAAUGGCCCGUUUGGGCUCUAUUUCUCAUUGCCAUUCUCAUUCUUACGUCCGUUCUUUGGAUACCCGCAGUCGCUAUUUGCAGAUACUUUGGAAUUCUCAUAAUUGACGACAACGAAAAGGCCUGGUUCCCCGCGGCGGACUUGAAAGAAUUCCACGGAAUUAUGCCACACGAAGUGACAGUGGCUGAGACAUUGCUGUUUUGCAUCAGGAGUGAUGGUUCCGAAGGCUUGUGCUGUCCUACGGGCGGUCCUAGCGACGAUGAGGAUGAGGAUCUCACCUAGGAUCAAUCUCGAUCGCGACGCGCGUUUUCGUGGAUGAUUUUGCCUCGAGAAAUGCUCUAUUUUAUCCUGUGACAAUCAUUUUCGACCGCUGCUGUUGCUGUUUCGUCGAAAAUGACUGUAAUCCAAUUUGGUGAAUCUCAUCGAUUUGUAGUCAGCGCAUCCGCGUGGUAGGAUCUUGUCUAUUGUGUCAAUUAACGUAAGCUUCGGCGAUAGGAGCCGUUUCUUCAUAAUGCAAAGACGGAGAUAUAUUCGUAAAAAAUAUUAAUUUUAUUUUUCCUUUUCUUCAUUCAACUUUAACACUGAUUAUUAUAAAUUCAAACUUUUUUCAAUUAUUUUGGAAUUUUUUUAUUAAAGAAUAGGGAUUUCAGUAUCUGAUAUACUGAUAAAAUAUUCUCGAUAAGAAAGUGGUUUAUUCCAAAACAUUUUUGAAUGUAUCUCCGCCUGAAAGAAUGUAACUCGUUUGCAGUUUUGAGUUUCUUAAGUGAUAUUAAAUAUACAAAAUGGCUUUCGAAGCUUCGCGGAUACUAAAGAAUGCUAGACGACAACCAUCAGCGCAUAUACUGUUUUCGAACAUAUAACACAAUCGCGCGUCGCGUGGUCGGAAAUGAGAGGUAAUUUUUCGCGAAGAAAAUUGCCCAUUAUACAAGUUAACGAUGAAACAUUUACUCUUUAGCAAUUGCGAUUAACGUCAGAUUUAUUAAGAUUAGCGGUAGGAGCCGUCCAAUGGACUUGGGUGGGUAUACCCGAAACAUUGUUUUAGAUAGAUAGCCUUGGAUCAGAACAUUUGGAUCCUUAGAUCUAUGGAUAUUUGAAGAUUCGAGAUUUUGAAAAUCAAUGGAUCUAAAGACCUAAUUUCGAAAGUCCAAGAAUGCAAAUAAGUAAGUAAAUAAGAUGGGAAUAUUCAGGUAUUUCGAAGCAUAGAAUAAAUACAGAUAAGGAUCUAUAAGGAUCUAAAAAUUCAAGAAUACAUCAAGCUACAUAAAUAUCUAAAAAUCAGAAUGUAGAUCCUGCCAAAGAUCUAAGGAUCCAGGAAUCCACAAUUGUGUGGACUGAUAAUGUGACAAUAAUAAACUUAACAUAAAGAGGAUAAAAUUAAUGACAAUAAUUGGAUCAUGUUUGACAAUAAUAUUGACAGUGCGUAGCAUGUGAGCACUUGAGAAUGCCUGGAAAGCCGGAAGGCAAUUAUAAUUCAACCGAUAGAACUGGUUUCUUCGGGCUAAGAGAUAUUAUCAUCGUCCCGGCCAUAGAUUAAUCAACUAAUUAGUUUCACGUAGGUCAAUUAUUAUUCUGAUUUUCAUAUCCUGUUGCACAUGUUCAAAUUCGACCUGAUAUGAAAUAUAUUUAAAAAAUAUAUAUAUAUGCAUCAUCGUAUUUGUUUAAAAGAGUUAAAAUCUAGGUCGAAAUUGAACAUUAAAGGUGUUUCCGAAUAUUCCACGGAAUCUUCCUGCUCGCAUUUCUUCGCGACAAUACACAAAUGGCCUCAUAUCUUCCAGUGAUAUUUUAAGUAUAACUCUUUGCACCUUGAAUAUCUUUUUUCAAUCGUGUUAAAGAAAAAAAA